UGUCUGUUCACUUGUCAACCUUGUGUUUUGUAGUGAAAUACAUUUUCCUAACCUGUAUUGUCACUUGUCAGUCUUCGAGUCUUCACUUCAUGGGUUUAAACUUAGUCGUUUAGUGUAAAAUAAUUAUCAAUAGGUAAAAUCAGCAAAGAGCAAAAUGUUUUCAGCAGAUGCAAACUACGGUAAACUGAAGACAAAUUUACGAUUAGCGAUAGAGAGGUUAAAAUUAUUAGAAAAAAAGAAAACUGAAUUGGCGCAGAAGGCAAGAAAGGAAAUUGCAGAUUAUAUUGCUAGUGGUAAAGCAGAAAGAGCAAAAAUAAGGGUUGAAUAUAUUAUUAGGGAGGAUUACAUGGUUGAAGCACUAGAGCUUAUUGAAAUGUACUGUGACAUUUUGCUGUCUCGAUUUGGACUCAUAACACAAACAAAAGGAAUUGAACCAAGUUUAGCAGAAGCCAUAUCCAGCUUGCUAUGGGUGGCGCCACAUUUGACCAGUGACAUCUCGGAAAUGAAAGUCAUUAGUGACCAGCUCACUAUCAAAUAUGGCAAGAAGUAUACUGAGGCCUGUCGCUUAGAUGCGGUGGAGACAAUUUCAGAGAAGUUGAAACAUAAAAUGAGCAUUCAAGCACCUCCAAAGAUAUUGGUGGAGAAGUACUUAAUUGAAAUUGCCAAAAACUACAACGUGCCUUAUGAACCUGACCCUCAGGUUAUGCGUGAAGAUGAGCAGGCAAAGAGUGUGGACGCAUUGCUGUUUGGUGGAGAUAACAACCUCAGCAGUGAUAGCUUAGGCCCUAGACCUCCAGGGUUUAGAGAUUAUCCUCCCCCUCCCCUUGUACCCAACAACUUUCAACCCUUCGCUUAUCCGAACUUUGGUGAGAAGUCUGUAAACAUGCCUCCACAGCAGCCUUACGGUCCUCCUCCAGCUGCUUUGUCUUACAACAUUCCUCCAGCUGAUGACCUACUGCCCAGCUACGACCUAGCUAUGAAACCAUCCAACAUCCCGCAGAACUUUCCACCAAUGCCACAACAUGGAAUGCCACAACCCGGAAUGCAACAACCUGGAAUGCCACAACCCGGAAUGCCACAACCCGGAAUGCCACAACCCGGAAUGCCACAACCCGGAAUGCCACAACCUAGAAUGCCACAAUCUGGUAUGCCAAGCCCUUACAGAGGCAACAAUUCUCAGGAUUUUUCUCCGUUACAUCAGCCUGGUCCAACACAACAUCCUCAUCAGAAUUUACCGAGUGUACCAUCAAGCCAGCAUGGUACCACAGAUAGAAACAAACAGAGUAAUCAGACUCCAAAACCUCUUCCUCGAGCCAAGCUCACUCCCCCAGACAAUUUGCCUGAGCUGCCCAAUGUUCCUAGUGACACGAUUGCUGGCGGCACCACCCACAACGAUAGUUCUGACGAGAUCGAUUUUGACGAUUUGGCUCGCAGAUUCGAGGAACUGAAGAAAAGGCAGUAAACAAAAAAUAAUUAAUUUUGGUAUUUGUCUUUAAUAUUUUAUGAUCAAGUUCUACCUAGUAACAGAACAGUCUACAGGUUUUUACUUGAAAUAUGUGGGAUAUUUUAUGACACAUUAUGGUAACGGCUUCAUUAAAUAUUUUUAUCUGUAUGAAAAAUAGCUAAGGUUUUAUAACUGUAAAGUAUGUUCAAUAUAAAAAUAAUUUAUUCCACGUUAAUACCCAUAUACCCAAAGGUACCAAAGUUUUUCCACCUCUGUAAAACAUGACGGAUUUAAAUAUAAACCUGGGUGGCUCAGGCAGUCAUUGCAGACUAUUGACAAGUGGUUCAUAAUACUUAAAAAAAUUGCAUUAAAAGACCACUUGUACGCUUAUUUUUCUUUGUUAAUAUUUCUUUACUAAUGUUUUUUAUAAUCAAGUAAGUAUUACUGUGUUAUGUGAAGUUGAUUUUAUCAAAAUAUUUAUAUUUAUAGAUCAAACAUUAUUUUAUUGUAAUAAAGCUUUCAAA